GUCCCCUGCAAAACCACAAUUCUCCACACGCAGCCGCCGGCGCCCGUCGAAAUGCUGGCCAGGCCUGGGCGGCUCGCCGCUUCCACCCUUCCCAACGAUUCCGCCGCCGCCGCCGCAUCCACCGUCCUCUCCAUACUCCGCGGCGAGGACCCCGCCAGCCUCCCCGCGGCCGGCAUCGACCCGUGCCCCGCCGUGUUCCAGCAACUCCGCCCGUCGCUGCCCACCGUCCCGGACUCCGCGCUCCCGGCGCUGGCCCGAUGGGCGGGCGAAGCCACCGCCGUCUCCCUCCUGACGUCCCGCGGCCUCUUUGCUGCCGCCUGGCGCCUCCUCCUGGCCCCUUCCCCCACGCCUCCUCCCCUCGCCGCCUUCGCCCCGCUCGUCCGACGCUACGCCCGCCUCGGCCGCGCCCCCGCCGCCCUCCGCGCCUUCCAGUUCCUCCGCCGCCACCCCGACCGCUACAUGGCCGGCGGCGACAUCCCUGCCGCGGCGUCCCUGCUAAACAUGGCGGUCGACGCGCUCUGCAAGGAGGGCCACCCGCGCGCGGCCGUGGAGCUCUUCGAGCGGUGGCGCCGCGAGGAGCCCGACUCGCCACCAGAUGAGCGGGCUUACAAUAUCCUUCUCCACGGCUGGAGCCGCGCCGGCAGGCUCGACAAGGUGGGGAAACUCUGGGCCGAGAUGCGCCUCGCCGGGGUGCGCCCGACGGUGGUCACGUAUGGGACUCUCAUCGAGGGGCUCUGCGUGAAGCGCAGGCCAGACCAGGCGAUUGCGCUUCUUGACGAGAUGCGGGAAGAAGGGAUCGAGGCCAAUCUGCUUACUUGCAACCCCAUUGUGUACGCUCUUGCGCAGGCCGGCCGAUUCCAGGACGCCCACAAGGUGCUCGAGAAAUUUCCUCUGUACGGUGUCGCGCCCAACAUUUCCACCUUCAACUCGCUCGUGAUGGGCUAUUGCAAGCAUGGGGACCUUGCUGGGGCUAGCAGUGUGCUCAAGGUGAUGACAGAACGGGGCAUUUCGCCGACCACAAGGACAUACAAUUAUUUCUUCAUGACCUUUGCCAAGAACAGCGAUGUUGAGUCAGGGAUGAAUUUUUAUAGCAAAAUGAUCGGUAAUGGCUAUUCACCAGAUCAGCUUACUUAUGUCCUCUUGGUCAAGAUGUUGUCCAGGGCGAACCGGCUUGAACUUGUGGUGCAAAUGAUACAGGAGAUGAGAACUCAUGGUUUUGAGCCAGAUUUGGCGACGAGUACCAUGCUGAUACAUUUGCUUUGCCGGCGUCAUCAAUUUGAGGAGGCAUGUGCUGAGUUUGAGGAUAUGUUUAAGAGAGGAAUUGUGCCCCAGUACAUCACUUACCAGAAGCUUAUGAGAGAGCUCAAGCGACUUGGUUUGGUUCAUCUGAUCCAAAAGUUGACAAAUUUAAUGCGCUCAGUGCCACAUUCUACAAAGUUACCAGGCAGCUAUAGGGAUAAGGAAGGGGAUGACUCCAUGGAAAAGAGGAAAUUGAUAUUGCAGAAAGCACAGGCUGUUUCAGAUGUUUUGAAGGAGUGUAAAGAUCCAAAGGAGUUGGGCAAGCUCAAAGAAGAUGAAGAGACUGAUGUUGAGGUCGCAGAUAGGUUAGUAGCCAACAUUAGAAGAAGUGUAUAUGGGGGUGCCUCAACGAGCUCUGUAAUGGCACCUCUUUCUUGAAUAUGGAGUUGCAAAAAUGAAAAUCAUAAAGAUAAGGGACAUGAUUGCAUGUGAGGGGAUUUACUGAUAGAUUGCAUUGUUCAUCUCAGAAGUUGACCACCUAAAUGAUUCGUGCACAUGUUUACUGUUGUUGUUUGGGCCCUUCAAGAUAAAAGAUAACAGAGAAGAGGUAGUGACAUACUACUGUGGUUGUGGUUUACUGGAUAUUGUCCCAUGAAGGAAUUAGCUGGUUGAUGUGUUUCUUGUUUUAGGGAAACAUUGAUAUGGCAGUUAUUUACUGAUGUGCUCAUCUGCAGAUGUCUUGGAUUGCUAUGAGACCUGUGUAUGCCUCAUGCAGUGAUAUUGCAUUGAAUCAGGCAACUCAGGAAAAGAUGAUGCCUCAUUCGAAGUCUAACCAGUGAACAUAGAAUUGGUUCCUAAGCCCUUUUUGUGGACACUGAAAUCCAAUUGUCUUAGUAAGUGGAAGUUAGAGAUGUUGGACAGAUGGUCUGCCGGUCUGGUUUGAAGUGCUGUUUGUUGCUAGCUGACAUGAUUCACGAUGGAACAAAUGCUCAAAGGAAAUAAUAACCAUAGCAUAUUUGUCUACGAGACAAUUUAGAACCAUCGCAAUAAAUUAAGGACUUUUUUGGCAGUAAAAGCCUCCAUGCAAGCCUGCGUUUUGGUCUAGUUUUUCUUAUAGUUAAUCUAAGGGUGGUUGUUUUUAUAAAUCAUGGCUGAAUAUUUUGCUUUUUUUUUUCUUUACAUCCUUCUCCUUCAACUCUUCUUGUAAAUAAAUCUCUUUUAAAGAAUUUCAGUAGGGAUCUUCCCUCCUGUUUACGUGAAAAAAAGGCCGAAGAAAUUAACGGCAGAUGGCUAAUUAAAUGUGGAGUUCCAAGUUUGUUUAACAA